AUGUCGCCCUCGGAUACUCACAAUCCUCAUAGUGGAACCAAUCAAAGCAACCAGGAGAAGCUACCGACUAGCUCUCCUAUCAAACGCCAGACUAACGGCCAGUUCACGUCGGUUAAGCCCUCCCCAACGCAGCUUCGAAAAGACAGAUCGAACGAAAUGGACGGUCAUUGGACUGGGCCCAUGCCGGUCGAACUCUUUCUUCACGAACUCAUGGGCGCGUCUGGGGAUGAAUUCACGCAUCUGUCUCCCAGCCAUCUUCACGACAUAUUCGAGUCGAUCCAAUCACCGGCGAAAUAUAGCAAUGAGAAGGAGUACGCGAACGCAGUCACGAGCGCAAUUUAA